CAAGUUUCUAUCUUCAUCACCAUCUUCUUCAAUAUAAUUAUAGAGAUUCUUGAUACAAGAAAUCUGAAAAUGGCCUCCAUCCCCAGUCUCCUACUGUCGCCUACAUGGUAGCACACUAGCAGAAAGACUAGCGACUUGGCUCUAUUGAUAUAUUUUUUUUUGUUUGAAGAGAUAUCAAGAUAUUUGAGUCACCCAAAAACUUCCUUAUCCUUAUCCUUUGCCAAGCAAAAGAUGGGCUUUAUCCGCCAACUCACUUCCUACGUUCUCUCCCGUCCUUUCGAUUUCGGCUUCACCACGAUUCUGUUUGCUGUUUGUAUACGCAAAUUUGGCUUAACCCGGCAAAACAUCCUCUCCACAACUGUCAUCGCGUUGGCGUUCUUAUUGCGUGGCUUUUUGCUACCUUCAGACCCCGAUGGCUGGGAUCCAAGCGCGGAUACAGUCGGACCAGGGAUUUAUGGUGGGAGAGUCAAGGUCAACAAGAACGACCAUAAGAAGACCGAUCCUCGAGACCUAAUCCUCUGGAGUGACAAGCAGUACCAAAAUCAUAAUCCAUGGACAGGGGGUCCGGUCUAUGCUGGCGGUGGCUAUUCCCCAAUGAGCCAGUUGAUACGGACUGGGAAUGUGACAGGACUGAGAACAGAGCUGGAAAGAGAUCCAACUUUGAGCAUGGAAAUAUCGACAGGUGCGGCAACGCCAUUGCAUACCUGUGGCAUGGUUACGGAAAAGAUGCUUGAGCGGGAACGCAUGAAGGAAAUGGUGAAUGUUCUGUUGGAGGCUUGUAAAAAGGCGACUUUGGAAGUUAUGGUAGACAAUCGAAAUCCAAUGCAUCCUCAAUCCAAUACAUCCUCAAGAGGGGAAUGUCGAAAUAGGGGUAGAAAUCAUAAUUGGAUCGAUACAGAUACUAGUGGGGAUUCAUUUUAUUUGAUCCUAAUAACAAACUCUUCUAGGAGAAGGAAGCAGCUCAAGCUCACUUCUGCUAGUCGUGCUACUUCCUUCUAGAUUAUCUUCAGCUAGGUGUGCCAGUAUACAACCUAGCUGAAGAUAAUCUAGAAGGACGUCAACCUGUUUACAACAUGUUUUACAACUCUAACCCUCCUCCCAGCCCUGAAACUCUCCGCAAUCCCACUACCUGGCGGCUUUUCGGCAAAGAGUUUGAGGGAAAAUUGUCUCAACCUACGAAGCCUCAGGCAGAAGAUCAUCUGUGGCUGUCCAUAUGCGUCGAUCAGAAUUUCGAUACGUGGGGGUACACACCUCUUCAUCGCGCAGCCGGAAACGAUGUAAUUGGUGCAAUCAAAGCUUUACUUGCGGCUGGCGCAGAUUCUGAAGUGAAGUCAUUGGGUGUCUUUAAUUUCCCAUCAGCAGGUGGUGAAACGGCUUUGGAAACAGCGAAGGCGGAUGGCGCGGGUAGAGCCGUAGAGUUGCUGAGUAGAUGGAAGAAGGAGAAAGAGCAGAGAGGAACGAAUGACCACACGUGAGUGGCGAUAUCUCCAUUUUGAAAUUCUUGAGUUCUUGAGAAUCCUAAUUCAGCUCCUACCACCGCUUUUGUCAGCUCCUCUGCGUCUUGUACAGAACACUAG